CAGCCCACAAAGCUGAUGUGGAUCCAGGUUUCAAAGGGUUAAAGCCAGCCUUUAUUUCAGCUCUCACUCUCACUGUACUGCCAGCACAGAUUUUCACAGCGGUUCACAUGCAUGUCUUCUCACCGUGUAACCCAGCAUGCCUUGCUCACUGUCCAUAGUAUGAGUUUCAGUGAAAGGGGAAAAGCUUGUCAGAGUUUCUUUAAAGCAGCCCUUUGAUUAUCAUAGAUCCGCCCAGUGGUUAUCCAGUUACCGGCCUCUUCGCAGCUAUUGGCUGCAAGGAGCUAAUUAUGCAAGGUAGUGAAUCCCUGUGGGGGAGGUGGGGCCAAAACUGAAAGAACUCCUUUGGCAGGCAGAAUAGAGCUUUUAUUGAGGAUAUUUCUAAGCUGACCAUCAGGGACCAAAUCGCUGGAUUGUUGCAAAAAAAAAAAAAAAAAAACACAUCUCAGCUGAAUCACGCUGCUCCCCCUCUUUCAUUCCUUCCCUCGUUUCAUUUCAGUGAGACGGAGUGUAGCUCAUGCAGUACCCAGCAGCAAGCAGAAUGCAAGGAAUCUACAGUAUUCCCCUGUCUCACACAAGAAGCCCAGUUCACUACUGAAGGACAGGAGAGGGGAGAAAGAGGCAGAGCCAGAGAGCAGUCAGGGGAGGAUUCACACUGCUGUGGUUGAGAGGAGGAACGUACGGUCUUGUCCUGUUCUGCUCUGCUCUUGUUGCCUCAGGUGUGUGCGCUCCUCCCUCCCCUCCGCGGUGCCUGCUGCUGUCAGCUCCAUCCCUGGGUGGCUGAGGCCAUGGUGUUGGUGCUGCGAGCCCUGCUGCCCUGCUUCUGCACCCUGCUCUCCCUGGACCUGCUGCCUGGGGUGGAUCUCGCUGUGCCCCUGGAGGACUUCUACCCCUUUGGCCAGGAGGAGGGGGACUCCCAGACCAUCGCUCAGGACGACGGCGGCUCCAGGCUGGUGGAGAUCUCUGUUGCUUUCCCCUUCUUUGGAGACAGGCACACAGGACUCUAUGUGAACAACAAUGGCCUCGUGUCUUUCCUGAGGGAGGUGUCUCAGUUCACACCUGUGGCUUUUCCCAUCGCCGGAGACAGGAGGGUUGUGGCGCCGUUCUGGGCCGAUGUAGACAACCGUAGAGCAGGAAGAGUUUUCUACAGAGAGAGCCGGGAGCCCUCCAUCCUGAGGAGGGCCUCAGGUGAAGUCAAGACGUACUUCUCAGAGUUCCCCGACUUCAACGCAACAUGGGUCCUCAUCUCUACAUGGCACCAAGUGACUUUCUUUGGAGGAAACUCCCGCACGCCGGUAAAUACUUUCCAAGUGGUGCUUAUUACAGACGGAGAGCUUUCCUUCACUGUAUUCCACUACAACAACAUCACGUGGACCACAGGCAUGCACGCCAGCAGCGGAGGAAACCUGGCGGGGCUGGGAGGGAUCGCAGCACAGGCAGGUUUCAAUGCUGGUGACGGCAAGCGCUAUUUUAACAUCCCCGGCUCUCGCACGGCUGACGUGGUGAACGUUGAGGAAACCACCAACGUGGGCUACCCGGGAAAAUGGGUCUUCCGUAUAGACGAUGCAAACGUUGAAGUGGGUGGCUGCAAUGACUCCGCGUCAGUGUGCCCACACCUGAGACCGUGUCUGAACGGAGGCCAGUGCAUCGAUGACUGCAUCACAGGAAACCCCUCCUUCACUUGCUCCUGCUUGGCCGGCUUCACCGGCCGACGGUGCCAGAUAGAUGUCGAUGAGUGUGCCUCAUCUCCUUGCCAGAACGGAGGGACUUGUGAAGACCAGAUUAAUAGUUUCAUCUGUCACUGUCCUCCUGGAUACACUGGAGCUCAGUGUGAAACAGACGUUGACGAAUGCAGAGACGGACCGUGCCUCAACAACGCGUCGUGUGUACAAGGCGCCGGCAGCUUCACCUGCGUGUGUGAACCGGGUUACACUGGUGUCCUGUGUGAGACAGACAUAAACGAAUGCGAGUCGCAGCCCUGUCUGAACGGAGGAGAGUGCAUCGAUCAGGUGGCCAACUUCACCUGUGCUUGUCCGGACACCUUCACCGGAGCUCUCUGCGAGACAGAGUUGGUGGAGCUUCAGGUCAAUUCAACUGAGGCAGAAAACCAAACAGCCUCGUGUGGAGACGAAAACUGCAAGAAGAACCAGAUCUGUGAAUACACCAACUCGGGAAUCUACAACUGCACAUGCGCUCCGGGUUUCUACGGUGACGAGUGCGAAGAGGAAUGUCUUUGCCAGAACGGGGGCGUCUGUGUGGACAUCAAUGGGACCUGUGAAUGCCCUUCAGGCUACACAGGACUCUACUGUCAGUUUGAAGUAACCCAGACGCCCUGCAGUCACAGCAGACCGUGUCCUGACGGAGGUCCCUGUUUGGAGUACGGGGGAGCGUACCUGUGCACGUGUCAGACGACCGGAGCGGAGCUGGAUCACAAGGACUUCUACCCCUAUGUACAGCCCCGAUCGGUCUGCGACUCCUCUCCGUGUCUGAAUGGAGGCUACUGCUACGAGCGGGACGGAGGCUACACCUGCGAGUGCAAAUACGGAUACUGGGGGAAGCACUGUGAAAAAGUUAGACUCAAUACCUGUGCUUCUGGCCCCUGUCGCAACGGAGGCUCCUGUAAGGAAGAGGCGGGGAGCUACCGAUGUGUGUGUCCUUACAGAUUCACUGGGAAACACUGUGAAGUGGGGAAGCCGGACCCCUGCGCCUCCAGCCCCUGUCUGAAUGGGGGGACGUGUUUCCACUACAUCGGGAAGUACAAAUGUGAAUGCACGGAUGCUUUCAGCGGCAGGCACUGUGAAACAAGCAGGAGCUCAGUUCAAACCAGCGCAGAGCUCGGCUGCGGGCUGCCUCCGCAAGUGAAGCACGCAGAGGUCCAGUUCUCCUCAACAACACCGGGCUCCAUGGCGGUGUAUAUCUGCCACGCAGGCUUCACGUCUGUGCCCAGAGCCACCCAGAGCAUCUGUGGCAUCCAGGGAGACUGGAGCCAGCCGCCCGUCUGUGAGGAGAUCAAUGAAUGCCUGUCGCAGCCUUGCCUGAAUGGCGGUACGUGUCGAAAUCAUGUUGGAUCCUACCAGUGUGAGUGUGACAAAGGCUUCAGCGGAAACCGCUGUCAGACAGACAUAAACGAAUGCCUGUCGGACCCCUGCAAGAACGGGGGGACAUGUGAGGACCAGCCCGGCUCUUACCUGUGUCACUGUGCUCAAGGCUUCAAAGGACAGACCUGUGAAACAGAGCAGGACGCGUGUGACUCCAACCCCUGUCUAAACGGAGGCGUGUGUCGGGGUUACAGACGGAAUUAUUUGUGCGUGUGCAAAGACGGUUUCUUCGGGGACCAGUGCCAGAUGUUGGAGAACCCGUGUGUCCUGCAGCCGUGUGGAAACCGCGGCCUCUGCAGGAGUGACAAGAGAGGAAACUACAACUGUGUUUGUAAAGUCGGACACACGGGCAAAGACUGCGAGAAAGACCUGCUGCCUCCCUCUGGUCUGCAUGUCCUGCGCGUGGAGGAGAACGAGGUGGAGCUGCGCUGGGACGAGCCGGAGCCGUCACACAGCCUCAUCAGCGGCUUCGUCGUCACUUACGGUCCCCUGGGCGGCGACAGCCACAAAACAGACCUGCUGGAGAGGCAGCAGUCCACGCACGUCAUGCGCGGCCUGGUGCCCGGCCUGCUCUACAACAUCUCCACCUUCUCCAUCAAACGAAACACCAACAGCAACGACAACAGCCAGCCCGCCACCGCACUCAUACGCACCAGGCCUCAGCCGGUGGAGCAGCUGCAGGUGGUGAACGUGUCCUCCUCUCAGGUGUGGCUGAGCUGGCUGGUUCAGGCGGCUCGUCACGCAGCCGUCAGCAGGGUGCACGUGUCUCUGCUGCCCUCAGACGGGAGUGAAGCUCGCACCGCUGUGCUCAACACGAGCACCACUGAGUACAGUUUCAGUUCUUUGCUCCCGGCUCAGAUGUACACUGUGGAUGUUUUGACUCAAAGUGGAAUCAGACCAGAUGAGGUUCCCUCCACCAGCCACUCAGCUGGACCGCUGACAUUUUGGACAAGGCCGCUCCCCCCGCAGAACCUCUCCCUGUCGCAUGUCACCACCAACUCAGCACUGAUCACCUGGAGCCGCCACCCGAGAAACGUCCCGGAUGGCUUUGUGGUCAACGUGACCCGAGGGCUGAACACCAGGAGCCGCUUCCUGCCCAACGGGAAGUUAGGGUCAUAUACGCUGCGAGAGCUGACGCCAGGACAGCACUACUACGUGGCUCUCACAUCUGUGAAAAAGACGGGGCAGGAACAGAUCCACAGCGUACCUCAGCACUUAGCCUUCACUACCUUACCGAUGGGGGAAGAUCGGGGAGAAGAGAGAGGCCAGGCGGGACCGGACAGGGGACGCACUCUUCCUCCGUCUCAGCCUCAGGAUCUGGGAGGAACAGCGGAAACAGAGAACUCAGAGGAGCUGCCCAGAUACACAGAAUUAAUUGACAGGAGGGGAAAGAUAACAGCCAAGUUCAUCCAGAUGCCUCGAAAAGCCAUUCGACAUCGUACCAAACCGGACCCGCCGAUCAGAUUAGAGAAGAUGGAAGAAACAACAAACAAAAUCAGCCUCGCACUAGAGAUUCAAGAAGAAGGUUUAAGGACGAAGCCUGAGCCGCCACAGGACUGCCGCAGUCUGCCCUGCCAGAACGGAGCUGCCUGUGUGAGCGGAGGAGACUCGUUCAUCUGCGACUGCGCAGCCGGGUUCAAGGGCAGACAGUGUGAACUGUCGUGCCAGCGAGUGCCGCACCCCUGCACCCGCCUCUACUCUGAAACCAAGAGCGUGCCCGUGUGGGAGGGCGGAGUGUGCCACUACCUGUAUAAAAGGACGUACAAAGUGCAGCAGGAUGUUUGUUAUCGAGAGAUUUGUGAACCGACGCCUCCAAAGAAAAGUCAGAGCAGAAGAACAAACAGACAACAAUAAAGAGCACUUGGAUACUGAUGAAAGGACUGUCAUCACUGUCGUGUGAAAAAAAACCUAACUUCAAUUUUGGUGUUUAUAAUCUACUUGAAGUAACUGAUUAAGGUCAUUUUUUGUGCUGUCAGAACCCACUGUAACAUUUUAGAAACAGAUCAUCCUUCAUCUGAAAAUGAGGUUGUGUUUGUUCAUUCCUGAGCGCUGUGUGUGUGUGCAGCUCUGCGCUUCACCAGAGGACUUCAGUCAGUCAAAAAGAAAGAAAAAAGGUCCAAAUCAUUUAUCAUUUGUGACGUUUGGCGACUGAUUUUCGGUACAAACACAUAUGUAUGCAAAUAUUAAUGGUGAGCAGUCCGCCGUGCUGCAUCAGAGACCUUAUAUACCUCAUUUCCAUGUCCAUGCUGACACAUUAGGAGGUUUUUUUUAUUAUUUUUUGUGAUUCAGCUGCAGGUUUUGUCCCUCAGGGAAAUAACUGUAGAGUGUUCCAGUCUUCUCCUGACACACGCCUCCUCCCCUCCUGAUCUUCUUACAAAGACGAUGGGAAAUGUUUUUUCUCCACACUCCAUAAAUUCAUCUCUUCCUCUGACGAUGGCGCACAGUGUUUUCUGUGUAUAAAUAUCUGUUUCUGUGUCUUAGCAGGCAUCACUGCUCGCUCUUCUGUA